GGUUAUAUAUGACGUAUUUUAGCUCACGCUGUUGAAAAUAUCAGAAAAUGAGUGGGAUUCUCACUUCCGGGACCAUGCUGUUUUACUGGCGGAAGAAAAAGUAGGUCCUACAAACACGCAGGAACUAGAUCGUGUUCACGAAGUAUAGUAACUUUCUACCGUCCUGAACGAAAUACAAAUAUAUCCCCACACGAGUUAAACGUGUGAACGUCGAUUUAUUAGCACCAUUUGUAAAAUUUAAUCGUAGUAGAUGUAGAUGUUCUUGUAUCAAUCCGCCACAUUACGCCGGGCCAGGUUUUCUUGUUGCUAUGGUUACGUAAUACUUGCCAUUGUUUUUUGGGGGAGCCUGAAACAGUUGAAAUCCAGUGUGUGUGUGGUUCUAAAACAAACUCAAAAUGGAUGACAGUAGAAGUUUAAAAGUCAGGUGGACGCAAGGUUUCACAAACCAGACUGUUGAGUUUGUGGACAAUAGAACAGUUUGUUACGUGUGUGGGAAUAAUAUCUGCUUCCUGAACCUGGAGACUAAAGGUCAGAGUGUGCUCCAGGGUCCUGGCAGGGGCAUUGGAGCUUUGACAGCUAAUGGCAACACUGGGGUUUUUGCCUUUUCUGAGCAAAAACUAUCACCCUCUAUAUUUGUGUACAUUUUCCCUGAGCUUCUGUUGAAGAAUGAGCUGAAAGGAGGAGCGCAGCUGGACUACACCUCUCUGGCCUUAAGUGAUGGUGGUCCUUAUUUGGGCUGUUGUUCGUCUCUUCCAGACUACACCAUAACAGUGUGGAACUGGGAAACUGCUGAGCCAAUUUGCUCACAACCACAAGCUGGGAAAGAUGUCGUCUCUUUGGCGUUCAACCCCAUGAACUGGCUCCAGCUCUGCGCUCUGUGCAAAACAUCCGUCACUGUGUGGAACAUCGAGAAGAGCGCUAGCUUUCAUGUCCUUAAACCAUGUGUGAUUGAGCUUCCUACAACUGAUGGAUCUGUUGCUGAGAAACACACAUCCACUUCUUAUAUGGUCGGUGACCAAUUGUCAUAUUUUGGUCCAGAGAUGCCUCCAUCAGCCAUCGCAGGGCUCAAGGGCAUUGAGGCAGAGAGCAUUGCGGCUGAACUCUUCACUAAAGCCAGACUGACUCCUACUGCCAUUUGUUGGACAGCCACGUCUGAGCUCUGUGUGGGCUGUGAACAGGGAUUCCUGCUCCUUGUUGACCCAGAGAGCCUCUCUGUCUCUGUCAUCUUCAACCCCACAACUCCUGAUGCCGUCACUGAUCUGAGAGAGUCCAGCUUCCGAGGUUUAACCCUUAACAAGAAUGGGUUGAUCUCUGUGGGGAAGAGCCGCUCGGUGCACUGUCUGCAAAUCAAAGGCACUCACAUUGACAUCACACAAACAUGGACGUUAGAAGGACCUGCCACACAUGUGACGCACUCUCCCGACCAUGAAACAUUACUUUUAUCCUCUGAUACAGGUCAGAUUUAUGUGUUGAAUUCUACCCGGUCAGACAAAGUAGUGAAGGUCCUGGACGUCCUCAGUGGAAACUUUGUGGCGGCAGCUUUUUUGCCCACCGAUGAGAACAUUAGUGUGUCAGCGAGGGAUUCUGGAGAAUUGCAGCUGUGGUCUGCAGACGGCGUGUGCCUCGGCUCCCUGUCUCUUCACGCUGAGGUGACCAGUCUGGCCUGUUGUCCUAUUGCACGAUACGCAGCAGUCGGAACAUCGUCAGGGAGCGUCCUCUUUGUUGACCUGAACAGGGAACAGGAGCCUCGCCUGGUGCAUCAGACUCAGCUCUACCACUGUCCAGUGGAUCACUUAGUUUUUGAUCAGGAGGGUCACUACCUUCUCACCGGUGCCUCAGAUUCACAUGUCUAUGUCAUAGAUGCAAAGCCAUCAAAGCAGUUUUCAGUCAUAGGACACGCAGUUGCUCCUGGAGCAGUUUUGUCACUUUCAACUCGGUGCAUCAGAGACCGUGAACAGGUGAAAGUUCUUGCACUGUGCGGUGGACCGGAGUUUAAGAAUCAGGGUGGUCGCCUGCUCACGCUGCUCUCUCUGUCUGCAAAGGACCUCACAGGUCCUGACUGCGCAGACCGGCACGGCUGUCUGUCUUCUCACGUCCUCAGAGUGUCCAGAUAUGAAGUCCCUCGUCCUCUUCAGUCCUGUGUGCUUGGAGUCAGCGAGGUGUUUGGUUACUGUCACAAGAAGAAAUCUCUCCAACGCUUUCAGCUCCCUGAGGACACAGAUGGUCUCACCGGUCAACAACAUGUGGUCCAGCUGAACCCACAGCAGGAAGUGAGGGCUCAUCCUCUGGGUCCUGCCUGUCUCGCUCUGUCUCCUCAUCACUCAUGGCUCGCCUCUGUGGGCCGUGAUGGUCUGUUACGCAUCAGAGCAACUGCCUCCCUGGAGCUUUAUGCCGAGCUGCAGUGUCACUCGUGUCGUCUCGGCGGAGUUCGGAGUGCGAUGUUCUCCGUCGACGGCCUGACGCUCCUCACUGCUGGCUUCAGAGACGGAUCUCUCGUGUGCACUGAGCUCAGGAUGAAAGGUGUGGAUGCUCAGGUGAUCACAGCUGCUCAGCACAGUCAGUCUCUAGCUCUUCACCUGAAGACUAGAUUCACCACAGAGAACCCAGUCCUCAUUGACCUGCCCGUGUGGAAACAAGGAUGCUGCGCCGUCACUGGAAAAUCAGAGAGAAGUGAGGGCAGUGGUGGAGCAGAUUCUCUGGAUGUAACGGAGCAGUAUGAGAGUUUUCACAGCCCGGCGUUGGCUCCGCCUUCACACCCCACCUGGCUGGAAGGCAGACGGGAGGCGGUUAUGAAAGAAGAGAAUGAGAAACAUUGUGAGAUGAAGGAAAAUCUGAGGAGAACCGUGUCAGAGUUGCGUCGCUCUAUUCAGGAGUUAAUGCGUGAAAAUGAGAAUCUCCCGGCGAUCGAGCGUCUGCCACAGCAGGAGUUCAACCUGGACGCUGAGGAGCAGAAGCGACUGGAGGUCAUGGUGGAGCAGGAGGUUACAGGGGUGAGGAAAGAAAUUGAGCGGGAGAUUCUCGCAAAAUGUUACCUCCGUGACGUCCUGAAGAGAGAGUGCUGGGAUUCAAUGAAGGUCAAGGGCAGGGCCAUAAAGGGUUUUCACUCCAAACACGAGGUGAAGAACUACGCCCUGAGAGAGCGCACAGAAAGCGAGGUGGAGGAACUUCACAGGGUUCAGAACACCAGGAGGAUCGAAAUGGCUGCCAGCUCUUGUGGCCUAAAGAAAAGCUUCAGCAUGCACAGCCCGAAAGAGGACGAGCAGGGCGAGGACGAGCACACGGCAGAGAGAGCAGCCGCCGUAACGGGAAGCUUCUCCGCCGAGCUGGGUUAUUCCAACCCGUACAUCUACGAUCAGUUCAGCCUGCAAACCACAGAACAGAUGAUCAACCAGAUUAUUCUGCUGCAGGAUGUCAUUUUUCGCAUCAAGACGUCUUUCAACGCCGAGUUUGAGGCCGUGCAGAGGCAGAAGUUGCAGGAGCUGAACCGCGUGAAGGACAGGAACAGACUGAUCGGGGACAUCGUGCAGAAGCUGGACAUGGACGAGCAGCUGUGGGAGCCCAGUCUGAGCUGCAGCGAGUGGCCGGAGAGGCUGCUCACUGUGGACGACUCCGAGAUAAAAGCAGAAAAGUUCCUCACCGCUGAGCAGAAGAGGGAGGAGGAGAGGAAGAAGCUGGAAGAGCAAAGACGUUUGGCUGCCAAGGGUGAUAACAGCAGAGAAAGAGCUCUCCAUGACAUGAUGGAGGGGAUGCUGGAAGUGAAAGAAGAGGACGUCUUAAAAAUGGAAAUACCUCCGCCUGAGUUUGUGUUGACCAGAGAUGAAGAUCAGUGGAGUGAGGAGGAGAAGAAAGUCUACAAACUGUAUGAAAAGGAAACCAAAGCCCUGAGUGAAGAGAAAGACAAAUACAAAAAGCUGCUGGAAACUGAGAUGAAAAAACUGCAGGCGUCCAACAGGGAAGCAACGGGGAGGUUUGACGAAACGCUGACAAAACUGUACAAGAAGAAAUUUAAGUGUGAAAUGGCCAUUUAUCAGGAGGAGCUCAGGAUCACGUAUCUUCUUUACUCCGUGCUCACAGAAGAGGAGAUGAGGAAUCGAGAGCUGGAGCUCAAGCUCAAACUUGAGAGAACGCUGGCGUACAAGGAUGAAACUGGAGAGGAGGUGAGGAGACAUGAAGAGGGGGUAGAACUCUUUCACGAGGCCUAUGACGUCGUUGUAGCCGAGGACAAAGUUCUUGACAAAGAUUUCAGGAAGGACUUCUUGGACGUACCGGCGCAUGUUGUCGAUCACUUGUAUAAACUCUUCAAGCGCAGACCCAGGCUUCAAAAGCUGAGGACUCAGACCGACAGCAAACCCAACGUGCUUAAAGAGCAGCGUCUCUGUGGUUCUCUGGCUCCAGACGCUCUUGGCAAAAUGCUCAAGGCCGUGGAGGAGCUGGACGCGCCGGAAAAUACACCAGAGGGCCUGAACCCGUCCGUCUGGGAGAGGUUCUGCCUUGUGCGCAGAGCAAAAAUAGAGAGUGAACAAAAGGUAAAAGAAAAAGCUUUGACUUUUGCUGAGAUGCAGGCGUUUCUGCAGAAGAGGAGAGACGAGAACAAAGCUGCUGAGGAGGAAAUCAAAAAUCUCUCUGACCAACUCGAGAGUCUACAUAAGGAGAAGAACCGUUUCAUGAUGGACGUCAUGGUCCAGGUCGUCCUCAAACAGGGUCAGGUGUCCACCAAGACUGCGUCUGACUUCACUGACGCUGUGCUGCUCCACAUGAGUGUGGUGGGAGACCUCAACAGAACCAUCAGGACGCUUGCAGAGCAGAAGAUCACCUCCAUGGUGGAGUGUAAAGACUUCAGCAAAGGCACCAUCCAGCUCGGGUGGGAGAAAGAGGUGAUGAGGAUGCAGAUAGAAGAUCUCAACAACAAGGCGAGGGACAUCCGGAUGUUGCAUCUGUCUGAGGCGCAACAGGACUAUCUCAACAAGAUCGAUCGAGACAGUCGUGCGUCCAAACAGAUUUCCAUCCUGGAGAAAACAAUAGCUUUUCAGGAGAAGACUCAUCUACACAACGUGCAGCAACGCGCCAAAAAGAUUGAACAGUUCAACAGGCAGGCGGCAAAGAAGGAGAGCGAGAACAUAAGUUUAGAGCAGGAGCUGCUCAAUAUGCAGGUGUCCGCUGCAGAGAUGAGGAACAUCCACGAAGCCAUAGCGUCACAGGAAAACCGCGCAGCCACAACCGAGGAGCGCUUCAGGGAAAUAGUUCAGAAGAAGAACCUGGAGGACUUGGCUCGAGCGCAGGCCGAAGAUCUGGUUCUCCUCUGGGCAGAAGUGGAGCGUCUGCGGAGGAAGAACUUCCCUUCACUCGAUCAGCUGAAACACAACUGAACCAAGUUUUCUCUCUCAACACAGAACGGACACUUGUCUUAAAGGCCCAGUGUGUAACAUUUAGCAGGGUUUGACAGCAGAAAUUAAACAAACUACCCAUAAAUAAGUGUAUAAUCACUUUAAAGUAAAAGUCGUUUCGUUUUCUUGCUAAACAUAGGCUGCCAUUUUGUGCCAGUAUGUUUCCACAGCAAACAGAGUAGUCUCGUGGUUUGAAGAGAAAGAAAAUGGACUCUACUCACAUAAAUCUGAUGCAUAAACUAAAAGGAGGAAACAGAGUAGAAGAAAGGAGAAACUAUGGAGGCCACCUUAGUUUCCUAAAGAGCUAAAAGAGUCCACUGUUUGUUGCACUCUGCAAUCUCUUUCAACAUAAAAGUAGUUUUUAUUUUCCCAGUCUUUAAUGGUGUGUUAGAUUUACACAGGAGUUCGGAGGUUGGAACUAAGAGAGAGAUGUGUCGGAGUUUGUGAGGUUUGCUCCGACUUUCCGAGUUGGAAAUUCUGACUUCCGACUACAACUGGAACAAGCAGCCAGUGAGUGUUUCACAUUUUGAAACAGAUGUUUUCUGUGCAAACAAAGAACAAGGAGGAGUGAGCAGACGAGUCAAUCUGCAUUCUCACCAUUAGAUGUCACUAAUUCUUACACACUGGACCUUUAACAAGUUAACUGAAUAUAUUUAUUUAGAUGUGAACAAAACUGUAGCAGCAACAAAUAACAAUUAAAUAAACUCCCUAGAUUUUGUGCAAUAACGGUACAACUUUUGUGUGUCCCACAGAGCGCGUAAUUAGGACGUAAAGUCCUCCUCUGUGCGGUCAAAGUGCAGGAGUCUGUCCUCCAGACCAAAAAGGUCAAUGAGCUGGGGAAGACUGGCCUUCUGUCCGUCUAUGAGGACGUCAGACUGGAGCUCACACAGUGCAGCCUGAGCACAGCUCCUCCACUUGUCUAUCAAACUCUGAAGCUGUGUCAAAUCAUUCUGUGGAGAGAGACGUGAAUCAAAUUAGUAUAUUUGUCAAAAUAAAUGUUUAUGUUAAAA